AUGGUGCCGCUAGACACUGCCGGAUCAACAAUCACUGGCGACGAAGAGGCUAACGGCGCUGCUGGCAGCACGCCCUCUGUCCUUUCUCGCACGAACGUGACCCUGCCCGUCACGUUAAGGACUGGGACGUCACACGACGAUGCCGGAAUUGAAACCGAUGAUGAAGGCCAGCAUGAUGUAGAGGAGAGGACCGUGGCAUCGUUGCAACAAGUCGAAGAAGCCGCCCCCGCAUUGGUCGAUCACGUCGCAGCUCUGCUCAAAACGGAUGAUGCCAUUCUCAGUCCCGCCUCACAGAAAAUCACGAAGGAAAAGGCGGUCGAGGACGAGCUACGCGACCUAUCCGAGACGCUGCAGAAGGAGGAGGGUGUCUGGGAUUACAAGAUCGUGGCUGAGUCUCUUGUCAGUACGGAGUCUCGUGGACAAGAGCUUCAAGCCGAGGUUGAAGGGGCGGUCAACGCAUUGCUUAAGCUUCGAAAAGAUCCUGGCAUGAAGACUCACGCCGACCGCAUACACCGGGAGCUGUUCUUCAUGUACAGAGAAAGACUGGAUGAGUCGCUGGUCAAGGUCUAUCUAAACGCGAGGGUGACACCGGAAGAGUUUCUCGAGAUGAUGCGGAUGGAAAAAGGCGUUGUUUAUUACUCAACAUGA